UUCAGCCAUUGAGUUUUACUGUUGCGAGAAACAAGUGCGCGUUUACCAGGCAUGGAUCGUCGAAAAAGCUGUUUAUAUGUUUGUAUAAGUGGAAUUUAAAGCUUGUUGAUUAAAUAUUACACUUGUUUCAUGAUGGGAGAGGACGGGAUAUUACAAAAGCUGGGUAAUAUGAAGGCUUUUUUGGGCAUCGUAGCAGGAGCAGGAGCUUCGUAUGGACUGUACAAAAUGUUACUGCGCGCCUGCAGAGAAGAUCCAGAGAUAAAGAAAAUAAAGGCGAAAGAACGUGUGAAUAUACAGCCAGGAAGUCUGAUGGCCAAAGUGUCUGGAUUUAAUGUUGUUAGUGGGAAUAUGAACACAGAGGUCGCAUCAGGUGAAAUUUUCUCCAAAUCCCCCAGCAGUCUGGAGCCUGGACAUCUCAGUGUGCUUCUCUCUGUCCUACAGAGCAGCCCAAACCCUACUGAGAGAAAACAGGUCCUUAUCACUUUAGGAAACGCUGCAGCGUUUACAGUGAACCAGGAUCUUCUUCGUGAAUUUGGAGGUCUUCACGUCAUCUCUAGCUUUCUUUCAGACCCUGAACCUGAUGUCAGAGUGCAGACUCUUAAUGCCUUAAAUAACCUGAGCAUGAAUAUCUGCAAUCAAGAGCAGCUGAAGAUCUAUGUACCAUCAGUGCUGGAGCUGAUUGAGAUGUCUCCCGUGAACUCAGACCUUCAGCUGGCAGCACUGAGGUUACUGACGAAUCUGACUGUCACAGAUAAUCAUCAGCAUUUACUGAAGGGCUCCAUCACACUCCUCCUGUCACUGCUUGUAGUGAGCAACAGCGUUCUUCAGAUCCAGGUUUUAAAGGUCCUAGUCAAUUUAUCAUCUAAUCCAGACAUAAUGGACGACAUAGUACAAGCCCAGGCUCCUGCUUCCCUGGUGCUCCUGUAUGAUUGUUGCACGAGCACAGAAGUGCUUCUUCGCCUUUUGGUCUUCAUUGGAAACCUGCGGGCUUGGAGACCGUCUGCACAGGUGGCAGAAGCGCUGAGGAGGCGACCGGACUCGCUCUACUGCGUGCUGCUAGACAGCUUCUCCCAGAUACACAGCAGACUCCCUCUGCUCCUCUCUCACCCUGAAGAAGAGAUCAGAGCUCAGGUGGUACGGCUCCUCGCUUAAACUCGGCUCUGGACUCCACCCUGAUCUCCAUCAGACAUGCUGUGUUAAAGGUCCAGUCUCAUCUGGCCUGUGCACUUAGACAUACAGCUGUUCAGUACGAUUGCUUCUCGUGAUUCAGACUUUGAUGGAUGCAAAUAUUUGAUGAAAUAGUGGACAACUACUUAUAAGUCAAUAUUAAUUUUAAGGAAUUGUGCAACAUUUUAAACCUAAACUCUAUCUACUGUAUAAAGGUUUCUCUAUAUCAGUAAAGGGGUUCUACAUUUUACUGAAUCCUUUUCUACAGGAAAAGUUACAGCAAAAACCAAAGAACCCCUAAAAACCUUUUUUCUGUGAUUAAAGUGGCUUGACACAUUUCCAUAUUGAGCGAAAGAACACAAGACUUGUUUACUUAAAUCACACUUCAAUAAACAACUAAAGAUCAGUCAAAUUCUGACAAUAAGCAUUUAAAAAUAUGUUUAAAUAAUGCAAAAUCAAUCUACACCCAUUGUAUUAAUAGGUUUAGGUCUUAGGAUGAGAGAGACUUGAUAGAAAGCUUAAAAAGUUUGGUGUAGCCACAAAUUCUCCUUUAUAAAAAAUAGUUCUGUGGGGAUAAAUUGUACAGGUUUAAAACUUCAUUUCCAAAUAUCAAAGUAUUUUACAAAAAUACAUAUGCAUAAACAUUUUUCCACUUAAAGUGUCAAAGCGCUGCAGUAUUCCCUUAAAAUACGUUUAAUAUUGGUUAUCAGAAAAGAUUCUAUACAUCUAAAAUUGAAGCCACUCCUUUUUAGCAGUAUUCACUCCUUUGUGCCUUCGUCCCUCCUGGAAGGCAGAAAAGGAAAUGAACAUGGUCAAAGAAAAACAAUGAAAGUAAACAACAUACUGAAUUUAUAUUGAUAUACAUACAGGUGACAAAUUAAAGGGGAGAAAAACAAUGUUUUAUUAUGCUGUAGAGGGCAUUUAUUUUUCACCUUUGAGGACAGUCACUACAAAUUGUUCUUUUCUGCGAUGAAAAGAUUUCUAUCCUGAUGGGCGUGGUCUCUUGCAGGAUGACUCCGCCUCCACCCGAAAGCUUACUGGAAUGGUUUAAUACAGAUGCAGGCUAUGGGUUUCUGAGUCACUAGAUCUCAACACUACUGGAACACCUUUGCGAGAAUUCUGACCCAUUUAAGACUCCAAAGGAUUCUAUUGAGGAAGACUAGUGUUCAUAUAUUAUUCAAUAGAUUUCCAGUGACUUAAAGGUACAUUGAAGCAGCUUCAGUGACUUGUAUUUUUCCCUUUAAUUUGUCAAUCUAUCGUUAUGUCCUCAGGCUAGUUUCAGUGUAUAGUGUGUGCUCAGUGAAUGCCUCCUAAAAGGUGCCCCACCUUUGUCACAUAUCAAGCUGCUAGUGCCAAAAACCUUUUCUAACUAAUGAGUGAGUGUUUCACUCCAGCUGGUCUCCUACACACGAAGUGCUUCCUGUAUUUUUGUGUUUUUUAGCUAAUUAUGUAUUGCAAAAUUAAGAUAUGCUUGAAAUGUCCAUGUUAUGGACAAAAGAUGCACUUUGGCAGUUUGAUUUCUCGAGUGCUGUGUAUUUUUCUGCAUGUAUUUGUGGUGCAAUGCAAGUGUUUUCCCGCUUAUGUGUUCUCUAACUCUUACAUUAAGCCGGGUUUUAUUUUACUGUAACUGGGGAAAAUAUCAGUAAUGUGAACAUGUCUAUGAAUUGUACCGUAGUUGUGUGAAUUUUGUGGAUUGGUUGUUCUAUGAUCUUUUUAGAGUAGCAUAAGGUAACUGUCACUGCUUUUAAUGUUUGAAUGAAAAACAUUGAAAUAAAUUAUUUUAUUUUGGAUAA